AUGCACGAUGUGGCCGAAUUUGCGGCGAAACGCUCAAAUGCGGCUCGCAUAAGUGCAAAAAGAACUGUCAUCGACCAGGCGACUGAGCGUCGCUGCAAUGCAGUGAAAGCAGUGGCCUCGAAAGGGCAACUGCAACAACAGCAGAGACUGCCGGCAUUGACCCCACUGACGUGUGACGACGAAUGCUCCCGACUCGAGCGGAAUCGAUCUUUGGCAUCGGCGUUGGGCGUCGACAUCAACCAAUCGACCACCGUAGCACAGAACUUGACGUCCACGAAUCUUCCGUAUUCAUCCGAAACGCUUGAUAUGUACCUGCAGCUCUCAUCCUCAUCCCCUCUAUCCACUCUCCAGACCUACGAAGCAACGCUCCAGUCCCUCGCGAUCGGAACUACGCAACGGUCCGUCCGUUUCCAACCUGCCAAGUCGUCGCUUCGCGCCUUCACCCAUUCCCUAGCCACCGACUGGGGCUUUGCCACCGAGAGCUUCGAUCCUGAACCCCACCGGCAUGUGUUCGUCCUCAAGCCCACGACCUGGACGCCCCCUCCUUUCGGCAUGGGCCAGGGCACGGCGAUCGGGAUCGGCGGCAUGAGCGUCGGCGAAUGCGUCAAGCUACGCGAACGCCAGCGUCUCAAGGAGCGCGAAGCCCAGCGCCAGGUCGCGGCCGAGGUCAAAGCCCAGCGCGAAGCGGCCAAGGCGCAGGCGAGCUCGACGGGCGAGGGUGGCUGGGCCCAGAUUGCUGCGUCCCGGCGCAGCAAUAACGGCAUGGGCGGUGCGAAGAGCGUCACGCCCGCGGCGCAGAGCGCUCGUUCCGGCUUGACGAUGUACGCUGCCCUCGCUGGUGACGAUGGCAGUGGCUCCUGGAGAACCGGGGCUGCUUCUCCCAAGAAGGAAAAACUUGUUCUUCGGUCGGGCGUGGGCGCCGGAAAACAGCUGCGGAGUCAGCCCGCUCCGCCCGCUGAGGUCGCCGACAGCUGGGAGGAGGAAGAAGAGAAGGAAGAGGAGGAGGAACGUGCUCGCGAGGCGGACGAGAUUCCCGGCGAAGAACAGAUCGCGGGACAGGAUGAUCAGCAAAAGUCCGAAUCCGUUCCUGAGCCCGCUCAGGACUCCGAACUGACCCCGGAGCAGGAGCAAAAUCAGAUUUCAGGCUUUCAGAAUGAUCUCGCUCAGGAAGUUGAGAACAAACACUCAGAGGUCCUUGAUGCACCUCCACAUGAAUCCUCCCACGAACCGGAAGCGGCCAAGGAAACUCCCAUUGCCACCUCUUCCUCUUCGACAUAG